GGCACAACUCUAGGAAGUACUGGUGGUUUAACCAUAUCACCCUCUGGCAUUGGUCAGAUAGAAAGAUGCAGGGAAUGCAUGGAUUUGUGAUCUGCUAUUUGUUCACCAUAUUGUGCUCUGAUGCUGGCCAAAUAGAAAGCCAUUGUGCAGUGUACACCCGCACCCUCCUCAGUAAUGGGCUUCCCGACAUCUCCGUCGUGGUUCGCCCCUCUCGCCACUGGGGUUAAGGUAUCGCAGGACUCGACCGAGUGUACUCAGCCCUCUGUCGCAGUACCGUCUGCGCCUCCGCAGACCACCGUCUCCCCUCCUUCCCCGCCGCGACUACUGACGCGUCGAGCCAUUCGCUCAGCCCGUUGCAGCAAGCAGCUCGCUACUCGCGAGGACGUUGUGUCCUCUCUUCUGGACUUGAGCAUGCUCCAGGCUCGUCAGGAGCGACUCACCCUCCAUGUUGCUGCACUGCGGCGCCUUCUCGCUAUCCUCUCUGACCCUGAGCGCACCCUGCCGAUCAUCCCAGUACGAAUGGGGACCUCCACAAGGGUGUACUCCGCGCUGUGGGAUUCCGGUUCUCAGGGCGACUUCAUUCACCCACGCGUGGUGAAAGAAGCUCGCUUACCCACGACAGGGUCUCCAACUCCCAUUUCCGUUACCCUAGGGGAUGACAAGGCCCAGCGCUUCUUCGAUCAUACGGUCACUGACCUCCCUUUCUUCCUCACUCUCAAGCCGACUGAUCGUUCCCCGGCGUCUCGUCGCCACCGCUCCUCUGCACAUUUCGAUGUGAUGGAGACGGGGUACGACUUCAUUCUCGGCACUCCGUGGUCUCGUCGGUUCCGCAGCACCGAGGCCGAUUGGGCGACCAACACUCUCGUUCUCAAAACGAAGUGUGGACAGACGUAUCACGUACCUUUCAUCGGUACCACUGCGACACUACGCCCCGAUCCUCCUCCCCCGGAGCCUUCAGUGCCCAAACCAUCUCCUUCCAUCACUGUCACCUCGCCUCGGCAGUUCGUCCACUUCAUUCGACAGGACGACGUCACCUUCUUUAUGAUGGACGUGACGAAUCUCUUACACAAUGAUCCACCCUGUCCCGACGMCGAGCUCAUCCCUCUGGAGCCAGAUCCUCCUUCUAUCUCCAUGGCUCCCAUCUCUACUUCCGUCCCCCCGCCGUCCGUCGAGUCCACUCCGCCGUCGCGCGCUGACGCUGAGGAGCUCGCACGAUAUACGGCUGACCUAGAGCCCGCCGCUCGUGACCUCAUCCGAGAGUACCACGGCGUUUUCCAAUCGUCGUUCUCGUACGCCAAUGUCGGGACAGAAACGCCUGUGAGGGUUUUUGCCCGAGUUUUUCAAGAUCGCUGCCUCAUCUUCCUUGAUAACUUCAACGACGUCGAACAGUCGAAAUUGGUUGAAGGGAUGCAAGGGAGGUAUGACUGGACUAAGGAUCGGCAGAAUGCGCUGGUGGGGAAGUUCGACGAUAUCCUCUACCGACUGUUGAGGCAGCAAAAGGAGGAGCGGGAAAAGGUGAAGCUGGGAGAAGUAAAGGACGGUGAAAUUUACAAAACUUUGACUUGCAUGAGAGAAAUGAUGGAGGGCAUGAAGGAGGAAAGGCUGAAGCUUCAAGUCAUGUUGGCCAAAGAGAAAAAUAGUAAGAGGGAGGGGAAAGAGCCGACGGAAGAAGAAAGUGACAGUGAGAGCGAGGAAGAAAAGGAGCCGCCUCGCAAGUUGACAAAGGCGGAGAGGAAGGGGAAGAACGGCGGACAAAAUAAUCAAGGAGGGAGUGACAAUGCUGGCACUGCUUCGUCAGGACAAAGUUCCCAAGAUCAAGGGCAGUUUCAGCCGCAGGGUGGAAGAGGCCGUGGUCGAGGCCGUGGAAACGGACAGCGAAGCUGUUGGGCGUGGCAGCAGGAAGACACAUGUAACUAUUGCGCAGAAAAGGGUCAUAUUAUGCGGUUUUGCCAACUCCUUUCAAAAGAUGAGAAGGAAGGGAUAGUCUUCACCACUAUACGUGGUGAAAUCUUUGAUUACAAAGGGAAUUCGAUCGACCCCAACAUUGAAGGGGGUAUGAGGAAGGAGGCGUAUCGCCAAAUGGGUCGUCCGCUACCGGCAACGUUCCGGAUUGCUUCCCCUGAAGAAGCACGGUUGGCCGAGGUCGAGGAGGUCAUGGCGUCAUUGCAUAUUUACGACUUACUGGUAGAGCCAGAAGGAUUCAGGGAACAAGUAGUGGAACGAGCGCAAACCAUCACUAGGCGGCUUGCCCGAUGCCGGGACUCUAUCAUCCGACUUUAUGUGGACAUGGAGGAAGUCUGGCCUGGAUUGCCGAAUGUCUUUCUCUUUGGCGAAUGGGGUGAUAAAAGGAAAGAUGCGUCUGGCCAAGCAGGGACGUCGUCUCCGAGAGAAACAUCACAAAUUGGAUCAAUGGUAAGCACGAUGCGACAUAGGCCUGUGCUACAGAGGAGUGCCCCGACUGUAGCCGUUCAGACUCGGGUGCGGCGACGAAAUGAACAGCUUCAGAAGGAAAGAGAGUCUGAAAAGGCAUUGGAAAAAAAACCUAUUUCCGCUAGUGAGAAUGAUGAGGAUAACGAGGAUGAGAAGUUGCGGGCUGAAGAGGAAGAACGGGCUCAUCGUCGUGCACUGGAAAGGGAGCCGGAGAAAGGGAAGGCCGAUGUUAGAGAGGAGGAGCCACGAAAGAAGAAGAAUAUUUAUUCGAUCCCCGUGGAGCAGGGGGUCGAUAUCGAGCAACUUAUUAAUAAGAUUCUGGAAAGUCAGCGCGACUUGGUCACGCUGAAAGAAAUUUUGGCGGUAUCGCCGAAAAUUCGAGAAGAGUUUAAACAACGGAUGACUCGUAAGAGAGUCAUGACUGUUGAGCUCGGCGAAGUCAUUCCGUCGGAGGCUAACUGGUCCCCGCCUGGGACAAAGAUGGAUUGGCGAAGUGUGUCGACCGGCCAUAUGAAGGUCCAGAUUGGACGGCUUGACACCGGCACCAAACGUAAGUACAAGAAAGUAGGCGUGAAGGCGAAGCCGGUGCCUGUUCUGAUCCCUCAAGAGGAGGAAGUCUUUUAUCGUGAGGAGCGCGAGUGGAUCAGAGAAAUGAAAGAGAGAGGUGAAAAGGGGCCAUGUCGGUUAACCAAGGAAAGAGUGGAAGGUAUGAUCAUUGGGGAGGAGGACCUCCUUACUGAGCAGGAGAAGGGAUACAUCAUCGAUAUAUUGAGCGAGGAACAUCUCUCCUAUGCGUUUGAUGAUGAUGAGCGAGGAAGGAUGGAUGUCGAUAAAAUUCCGAUGAUCAGAGUUCAUAUUGUACCAAAUGAGCCAUGGAAUGUAAGAGGGCCACGUUAUCCGAACCCGGAGGAUCACCGUAAGGUGGUCGCAUACCUCGAUGGAAAGAUCCGGACAAAGGUUGCAGAUUAUUCUCACGGGCCGUAUGCAUCUCCAUGGUUCUGUUUCAUCAAACCAAAUGGUACUCUGCGAUGGAUUCAGGACCUCCAGAAGCUGAAUUCGGUGACAGUGCGAGAUGCAGGAGGACUUCCACAUGCAGACCUGCUGUCAGAAUCUUGUGCAGGAAGGUCUAUCAUUACCCUCAUCGAUUUAUAUUCUGGGUAUGAUCAACUCCCGAUUUACACUGCGGAUCGGCCCAAGAUGGCGAUGCAUACUCCUCGCGGGUUGAUCCAUAAGUGUGUGGCACCGCAGGGGUGGACAAAUGUCGUUGCCAUUGUUCAGAGAUAUAUGACGAGGGUUAUGCAGCCUUAUUGUCCUAACAUAACUUCGCCGUAUAUUGACGACUUGGCUAUUCCAGGAUCUUAUACGAAGAACCUGACGGAGGUGUUGCCGAGCAUUCGCCGUUUUGUCUGGGAGCACAUCAAAGACGUGGUGAAAGUUCUUAAGAGGUUGAAGGAGUUUAAUCUCACAGCUAGUGGGAUUAAGUCUCUACAUUGUAUAAAAAGAGCAGUGAUUUUGGGGUUCCUUUGUGACGAGAAAGGUCGUCGGCCGGAUGCGAAGAAGACUAAUAAAAUCUUGGAAUGGCCGACCCCUUUCAAGUCAAUCACAGAUGUGCGAAGUUUCCUCGGAACCUGUUGGUUUUGGCGCAUCUUCAUCAGCAGGUUUGCUGCCGGAGUGGAGCACUUGCGAAAGCUUGUGCGCAAAGGCCAGAAGUGGGAAUGGGGUCUGAAGCAACAAGAGGUCGUGGAGGAUAUAAAGACCGAGUUUCGUGAGGACGGAUUGAUCCCUGGAGUUCCUUUUUUCGACGAUGAUGAAAGACGUCCUUUUGUUAUUGAGACUGAUGCAGGGCCCACAGCCCUAGGAGGGGUCUUAAUUCAGAAGGAUGCUGAGGGACAGGAAAGACCUGUCAGGUUUGAGAGUAGGACUCUGAAUGUUGCUGAGAGGAACUAUUCUCAGUUCAAAAAGGAAACUUUGGCAGUACUUCAUUGUUUCCGUAUUUUUCGGAAUUAUGUGUCUGGUAGACGCUUUAUCCUGCGAGUGGAUCCGACUGCAUUGGCUCAGUCCUUAAGGAAUUAUUCACCUGCAGAUCCCACUAUUGCACGAUGGCUGACUUAUAUCUGGAUGUUUGACUUCGAAAUUGAGCGGAUUUCGGGGAGUCAAAAUCGUGCUGAUGGGUUGAGUCGGGUUGAAUGGGAUCCAGAGACGGAUCAGGCAGAGGAAUCCGUUCCGGUCGAUGCCUUUUUGAAAGAAGAGGAGUCGAGGUUGAGUAUUAACUCCUUUGCCUACCUGACUGAUGCGGUCACUCGACAUGGGAAAUCAAUAUGGAAUGCUCCCAUCUGUCACGAGGUACGUCCAGAACUCGUGGUGGAGAAACCUUUCAUCGAAGAGGACCCAUGCGGCGAGCAGACCGCAGAGGAAAUGAUGAGGCUGGCUUUGACCGAUGACAUCGACCUUAUGCUUGAUCCGCUAACGAUUGAACAGGGCCAUGUGCAGGCUGAUGACGCUUUCCAGACUGUUGGAAGGAUGUCAUAUAUCAUGAACUUGUUGGUUCAUGAGGAUCGCAUGAGGUUAAUGAAUACGGAGGAAGGGAGCAGUGAGGUUAAAGAGGCAUUCAAGGAAAAGGAGUACGAAGGGGAAUAUAAGAAGAUAGGCAUGUGGUUGAAUAGGGAAUUGGACGAAAGUGAGGUUGAUCCGGUUGUGCGGGAGACAAGCAAAGGAUUCGUUGUUCGUGACGGUCAUCUUUUUAAGAAAGUUGCUGAUGGUGUCCCAAAGAGGUUGGUAUGCGGAAUCUCUCGACAGUUGGAUGUGAUUGCUGCUCUGCAUGAUGGGGUAGCCGGCGGACACAGAUCUGCGCGGAGGUCUAACAUCCACUACCUCGAGCCCCAGAAUCCACGUUAUGUGGCAGAACCAGGUGCGGUGGUGCAUUUGGAUCUUUUGGUAAUGCCACCUGGGAUAAAUGGAUACAGAUACAUCUUUGAUGCACGGGACAAUUUGACUGGGUUCGUUGAUGGUCGUGUCAUUCGCGAACGUACUGGAUCAGUCUUGGCAGAGUGCAUUGAGGAAUAUUACCUCCGUUAUCCAUUUGUUCAAGAGAUUGUUAUGGAUCGAGGAGGCGAGUUUCAAGCAAAGAAGGUGCAAACAUUUUUAAAGAGACUUGGGUCGAAGACCGCGUUCCGAUCGCGAUUCGGCCACUACGAGUUCACGGUGAUGCCAUUCGGCCUCACCAACGCACCCGCUACCUUCCAGAGAGCGAUGAACGACAUCUUCAGGGACAUCCUGGAGCAGUACGUUCUUGUCUACCUCGACGAUAUCCUGGUCUAUAGUCGUACGCUUGAGGAGCACCUCAGACACCUCCGCGACGUCCUUGACCGCUUGCGCAGACAUGGCUUCUACGCCAAGCUGCUUGCCCAACACAAAGUGAAUUUCUUAGGACACUACGUGUCUGACCAGGGUCUCCAUAUGGACGACGCGAAGAUCACUGCUAUUGCAGAGUGGCCCGCCCCCACAUCCGCCAACCAGCUUUGCAGCUUCCUAGGCCUGACCAGCUACUAUAGUAAUUUCAUCCGGGGAUACGCUAGGUAUUCCUACGUCCUUACCUCCACCCUCCUCCGGAAGAACCCACCCUGGGCUUGGACACCCCUUCACGAGGACGCGUUCCGCGUCCUCAAGAAGGUGGUGACAUGCGCACCGGUUCUUCACCUACCCGAUUUCGAUCGCCCUUUUAUCCUUACCACCGAUGCGUCUGACUUUGCUGUAGGAGCAGUGUUUUCUCAGGUCUUCCCCUCCUCUCCUGAUUCCUCUCAUCCUCGUAUCCCUCGCUUCCGACCACCUACCCCUACCACCGCUUCCCGACUGAUGCCUAUUUGUCCAGCUAUUGACGAGCCUUCUAUUGACUAUUCUCCUACCAUCGCCGAGGGCGGCACUGUCGAGUCUCGCUCAGGUGAUUGUCCGAUAGCUUUCUACUCCCGUCAGCUCCUGCCCGCCGAGAUAAACUACACUGUUGAUGAACGUGAGGUUCUCGCAGUAGUUUAUGCCGCUCGGCACUGGCGUCACUACCUGCACGGGGCACCGUUCACGGUGCGUACGGACAACUCUGUUGUCCAGGCUUUUCUGACAAAACCGAAGCUCACUCAUCGACAGGCUCGCAGGUGGCGCGACCUAUCCGAGUUUAGUUUCACCACUGAGCACAUCAAGGGUGAGACUAAUCGGGUCGCAGAUGCCCUAUCCCGGCGCCCUGACCACGACCAGGAACACAUCCAGCUCUCUUCCAUCUCGGUCACCACCGUCCAUCACUCGGUGAUCGACGAGUCUCGCACUCAGUACCGCCACUGCCCCGACUAUCGCGACAUCCACGCGACCCUUCGGAGUGGCAAGACCGUCCCGAACUACUCUCUCGGGGACAACGGUCUUGUGUACUGGCACGGUUCACAGGGCACCAGAGAGCCCCGUAUUUGCGUUCCCUCCACUGGACAGCUACGUGUCCGAGCAGUAGCAGAGUUCCAUGAUCAGGCAGUCGCCGGUCAUAUGGGCUUCCACAAGACGUUGGCUCGUGUGAGCCGCCUGUACGUCUGGCCGAAGCGCAAGGACUUUGUGAAGGACUACGUGGCAGAGUGUCCCACCUGUCAAGAGCCGAUUCUGGGACGGCUCCACGAGGUAUACGGCACUCAGCUCCGCUUCUCCUCGUCUUACCAUCCUCAGACUGAUGGUUCGACCGAGAUCACGAACAAGACUCUCGGAGAUAUUCUCCGAAAGAUUGUUCGUGACGACCAGCAGUGGGACCUCCAUCUUGCCCACGCGGAGAUAGCCUACAACCACCCCGUCUUGCCAGGCACGGGGAUGUUGCCUUACUAUUGCGACCUCGGCUAUCACCCUCGUGUUCCCGCGGACUUCCUUCGACCGUCACAGAUGCACCCCGACACGAGUUGUCCCGCGCUAGAUGAUUGGGUUGCACACAUGACGUCGAUCAUGAAGACCGCACAUGAGCACAUAGCCGUUUCCCAGACUCGCAUGGCAGCACGUGUGAACCGAUCGAGGAUGGAUCAUCCAUUCAAAGUCGGUGAUGAUGUGCUUAUCGACGCCCGCCACUUACAGCUCGAAGCGGAUACGCUUCGCAAGUUUCGGCAUCGCUUCUUUGGUCCAUGCCGCAUCCUCCAGGCCGUCGGUUCUGAUACGGCUUCUAGCCCGGUCAGCUUCUGUGUGAAGCUGCCCGACUACCUACGCCAGGCUCAUGUGCACGAUGUCUACCACGUCUCGUUACUGCGUCCUUACCGCAGACCGUCUGAGCGUUUCGCCGGACGACCAUACGAGCGCCCUCCACCCAUCAUGGUGGACGGUCACGAGGAGUUCCUCGUUUCAGACAUUAUUGGUCGCCGAGUCACCGAUGACAACCCUCCCCACGUCGAGUAUCUUGUACGUUGGAAGGGUUACCCUGAUGAGGAGGCUACCUGGGAGCCCCUCGAGCACUUGCAGCACGCUCGCAUGUUGGUGCGUGCCUAUGACCGUGCUCGUCGGGUUGGGUUCACUGCUCCUCCUCAGCCCACUGACCCUCCUCCUUCUCCUCCGGUUGAGGAGACCGCUGAAGUCGAGCCUGCUCCAUCUGAGGCAGACCUUCAGCAGCAGCCGGAUGCUUCUGAGCGUCCACAGCGCACUUGUCGUCGUCCUGCUCGAUACGACGAUUGACUCUGACUUACCUUCCGACGUCUUUGACUUCUCAGUACUCCAUCCACAUCAGCUUUGCUACUUCAGCUCGUCGACGUUGCGGCUCUUCCUCGAC